UAUUCGGCUUAGCAACGGCCGGCCGCCAUUUUGUAAAGGUGCAAACAAACCACUUGUCAACAUACAAAAAGAAGGUAGUACGUGCAUUUCAACACUAUUUAAGCCGUUUUGACUUAGUUUUACGAUUCAGUCCGGACUGUGCCGUGAACAUGGUGAAGCACUGUUGCGUUUUUAAUUGUUCAAAUAAUAAAGCACGACAGGACAAACUGUCCUUUUACAUGAUACCGAACGAAGUCACCGAGCCCGAACGCAGAAAACGGUGGAUCCAGGCUAUAGGUAGAGCACACAUCAACGACGAUGGAACCAUAUCAAACAAAAUGUGGGAACCAAGAAGUGACUACACCUACGUGUGCUCUGCUCAUUUUAUUUCUGGUUCUAAAGUUAACAAUCAGUCACAUCCAGAUUUUGUUCCAAGCCUGUUUCCAUCUAAAAAAGAAUCAAAGACUUCUGCCAGCAACAAGGUUGACAGGUUUCAUAGAUGUGCAUCUAGACAGGUUAAGCGGACAGAGUCCCAAGAAACAGGAUCCAAAACUCCAGCUCGAAAACGGCUUAAACUCACAAGUUCAAGAGAAAAUGAUUCUGCUGUGGAAUCCAUUCCUGACAGCCCUUUAUCCACCACAAGUUGUGUUCUCCAAGGUAAGAAAUUGUUUAAUAUUCAUGCAGUCUUUUUAUUUGUUCAUUAUUGCAUCUUUAUUUUUUUCAUGAAACAUGGAAAGCUCUUAAUAUUGGCAUUGCCGUUUGACCGAUCCAUUACCAUUAUAUUUCGGAAAUAAAUAUUAUUUAAAACAAUCAGUAAUUUAUUGUACACUUGUGUUAGUCUUGUUUUUCUGUCAGUUAAUCUACAGCACUUGUUAAUCCUAUUUACCACAGGAAGUGUCACUCCUUUCAGUAAUCAUCUAUGCUUGGAUAUAUUUGCAAGUCACUAAUGAUGU